AUGCAGAUCCCAUACGGCGCCGUUUUCGUCCUCAUCGCUCUGCUCUCCCUUCUGCGGUUCAUCAAGUCCAAACCGCCGGCGAGAGCUCCACCGUUGCCGCCGGGACCUCGGGGCCUUCCGAUCGUCGGAAACCUUCCCUUCCUCAAACCAGACCUCCACGUCUACUUUCAGGGUCUCGCCCUAAAAUAUGGUCCCAUCUUCAAACUCCGACUCGGCGCCAAACUCGCCGUCGUCGUCACCCACCACCACGGCCCUCAUCGCCGUUUACGGCGGGGGGGGCUUAAUGCCGGAAACCUUCCCUUCCUCAAACCAGACCUCCACGUCUACUUUCAGGGUCUCGCCCUAAAAUAUGGUCCCAUCUUCAAACUCCGACUCGGCGCCAAACUCGCCGUCGUCGUCACGUCUCCGGCGGUGGCGCGUGAGAUGUUUAAAAUCCAUGACGUCAUCUUCGCGAACCGCGAAGCCACCACCACGGCCCUCAUCGCCGUUUACGGCGGUGGUGACUUAAUGCUUUCUCCGUACGGACCGCAGUGGCGGAUGCUGAGGAAAGUGUGCGUCCACAAGUUGUUGACCAAAGCCACGUUGGAUUCAUCGAACGGACUCCGCCACCGUGAGAUCCGACAAACAGUCCGGUAUUUGGGGGAUAGAGCCCGGGUCGGGUCACCGGUAAACAUCGGAGAGCAGAUGUUCGGGACAAUAUUGAACGUCGUGACCCAGAUGCUCUGGGGCGCGACGGUUCUGAGCGAAGAGAGAGAGAAAAUUGCGGCAGAGUUCAGAGAAUUAGUGUCGGAGAUCGUCAGUUUAACGUCCCGACCCAACAUUUCUGAUUUUUUUCCCGGUUUAAGCCGUUUCGAUUUACAAGGUUUGGCUAAACAGAUGCGUGGACUGAUCCAACGGUUAGACCGGAUGUUUGAUCCGAUCAUCGAUCAACGGCUGAGAAUGAUUGGCCUUGGUCAGAACGAUGCCGAUGAUUUUUUGCAAGUCUUGUUGAAGUUGAGGGAAGAAGAUGAGACGACACCAUUGUCGCUCUCCCACGUCAAGGCCUUGCUCAUGGACAUGGUUCUCGCCGGCACAGAGACAUCCUCGAACACAAUAGAGUUUGCCAUGGCCGAGCUUAUAAGCAAGCCUAAGAUAAUGAAGAGAGUUCAAGAAGAACUAGACGAAGUUGUAGGAGACGACAAGAGGGUCGAAGAACAUCACAUCUCUGAACUUCCAUAUUUACUGGCGGUCGUGAAAGAGUCCCUUAGGCUUCAUCCGGUGGCUCCUAUCCUCUUCCCUCACCGGUCCAGCCAAACCACCGUUAUCGCCGGCUACACCAUCCCCAAAGACACUACCGUUUUCUUCAACAUGUGGGCGAUCCAGAGAGAUCCAAGCUUGUGGGAUGAUCCACUGGAGUUCAACCCUGACAGAUUCCUUGAUAAAUCAUUUGAAUUCAACGGAGAAGAUUGCAGUUAUUUACCUUUCGGGUCUGGCCGGAGAAUAUGCGCAGGGAUAGCCCUGGCUGAGAGGACUGUUUUGUACAAUCUGGCAACUCUUUUGCAUUUAUUCGAUUGGGAGGCUCCGGGAGGACAUGAACUGGUGAUUGAAGAGAAGUUCGGGACUGCGUUAAGGCUGAAGAAUCCGCUUGUGGCUGUACCUGUGCCUAGGUUGUCUGAUCCGAGUCUUUAUCUACGUUAGAAUAAGUUUAUUUUACUCUCUAAUAAUUACCUACUUGG